CUUGCUGGCCGAUCAAUGACAUGGGCUCCGAUUGGAGCAUCUCUGAUGUCAAGCAAUGUUGGAAGUGGCCUGUUCAUUGGACUGGCUGGGACGGGAGCUGCAGGAGGCCUUGCUGUUGGAGGUUUUGAAUGGAAUGCAUCCUGGGUCCUGAUUGCACUUGGCUGGAUUUUUGUCCCAGUGUACAUUGCUGCUGGUGUAGUCACGAUGCCACAGUACCUCAGAAAGAGAUUUGGAGGGCAAAGGAUUAGACUCUACCUGUCUGUGCUUUCUCUAAUUUUGUACAUUUUUACCAAAAUAUCAACUGACAUAUUUUCUGGAGCCCUGUUUAUCCAGAUCUCUUUGGGUUGGAACCUCUAUGUUUCAACGGCAGUGCUGUUAGCGGUGACAGCUAUAUACACCAUUGCUGGUGGCCUAUCAGCUGUGAUUUACACAGAUGCAUUUCAGACUGUUAUUAUGGUCGUAGGAGCAUUUGUCCUCAUGUUCAUAGGCUUUAAAGAAGUUGGCUGGUAUGAGGGACUGCAAAAGAAAUAUAUGGACUCUUUCCCCAGUGUGAUUGUUCCUAACACGACCUGCCACAUUCCUCGUGCAGAUGCAUUCCACAUGUUCCGAGAUCCCCUUACAGGUGACCUUCCAUGGCCUGGUCUUAUAUUUGGACUUACAGUUUUGGCCACAUGGAACUGGUGCACUGACCAGGUUAUUGUCCAGCGGUCUCUUGCAGCCAAGAACCUUUCCCAUGCUAAAGGAGGGUCGGUACUUGCAGGAUAUCUGAAGAUCAUGCCCAUGUUUUUUAUUGUAAUGCCAGGCAUGAUUAGUCGAGCACUCUUUCCAGAUGAAGUGGGCUGUGUCGAUCCAGAAAUAUGCAAAUCAGUUUGCAGUACAACAGUUGGCUGUUCUAACAUUGCAUAUCCAAAACUGGUGAUAGAACUUAUGCCCAUAGGUGUCAGAGGUCUGAUGAUUGCAGUGAUGGUAGCGGCCUUAAUGAGCUCCCUUACCUCCAUCUUUAACAGCAGCAGCACACUUUUCACAAUGGACAUCUGGAAAAGGUUCCGCUGCACUGCUUCUGAACAGGAACUUAUGAUUGUUGGCAGGGUUUUCAUCCUACUUCUGGUGGUGAUUAGCAUACUGUGGAUCCCCAUUAUACAGACAGCUAACAGUGGUCAGCUCUUUGACUAUAUACAGUCUAUUACCAGUUACCUGGCUCCACCUAUUGCUGCCAUCUUUAUUUUGGCAGUUUUCUGUGAAAGAAUCAAUGAAGAGGGUGCUUUCUGGGGCCUGAUGGCUGGACUAAUAGUGGGACUCACUCGAAUGAUCAUGGAGUUUGCUUAUUCAGUGCCAUCCUGUGGUGAAGUUGACAACAGGCCAGCUGUGCUGAAAGAUGUUCAUUACUUGUACUUCGCUAUAAUUCUUUUUUUCCUAGUAAUAAUCAUUUCUACAGUUGUUAGUCUGUGUACUCCAGCAAUUAAAAAGGAACACCUUAUCCAUAUGACAUGGUGGACCCGACACAGCAAAGAACGUCAAGAAGAGUUUAAAGAUCCCUGGAACCUGCCAACAACAGAAGCUUCUGUAUCUACAACUGAAGAUGUAGAGUUUUCUACAAAAGAAGAAGAUGACCCUGGAAAAACAGAUUACCCAUGGUGGAAGAAAGUAUUCUUCUGGUUCUGUGGAAUAAACGUCAAUCCUGCUCCAGCAUUAACGGAAGAGGAAAAGACUGCUUUGGAAAGAAAACUGACAAGUAUUGAGGAAUCUAAUCCCUGGAAAGCUGUGUGUGACAUCAACGCAAUUAUUCUUUUGGCUAUCAAUGUCUUUUUGUGGGGAUACUUUGGCUGAAAUAGAAUAAACUGUUAAGAUACAAUGUAUUUAGGACCCAAGGCAAAAAGUGAACAAGUAAAGGUGGACAUCAGCUUACAUCUGUCACUAAUCCAUUGCUUGUGAACUUCAUUAACAUAUCAGGACAAUGUACAGUGGUAGCUCAUUCUUACUAAAUUGCUAGUGAUGGACAGUGUUUUUGUAUGUUAAUUUGUAGUUAGAAUGGGAGAUUUGUUUUCAUGUAUCACUUCUGCAGAAUUCAAUGUAGAGAAACUAAGUCAGUUUGCCAUUUAGGCACACUUCCUUUUUUGUAACUAACUUUACAGUUAUUUGGCUUUAUAUCAUCCUUGCAGUUUGCCUUUUGUAUCAAAGUUGUGACACUGGCACCUACACAUGGCCAUUACUGAGUCAUGCCACUAAUAUUAUGCUUAGAGUGAGGCUUGGUAUGUAAUUACAUAGUUGUCACAGGAGUAAUGUAGUAAACAAAGGGUUUAACAGUCCUGAAAUAUUUUGAUGGAAUUUUGCCUCCUUUAUGUAUCAUUUAUACCUUCCCACUCUUAUCAAAGAUUGACCAGA